GGAGAAAGACAACGAGAACCAAAAACACAUCACAGAGAAAAAGAAAAGAAGGAAUAUAUGGAGAAUAAAAUGGUGGGAGCAUACGACCGUGCCGCUGAACUAAAAGCAUUCGACGAGAUGAAGACUGGCACGAAGGGUCUUGUGGAUGCGGGAAUCACAGAAAUCCCACGCAUUUUCCACAACCCGCUUGUUGCCGUGGAGAACUAUAAACCUCCCUCAGAGGUGAGAAUCCCAUCAAUUGAUUUCGGAGGUGGCGUAUUCGAAUCUCCGGUCACUCGAGAGAGUGUGGUUGCCAAAGUGAAAAACGCGGCGGAGAAUUAUGGGUUUUUCCAGUCCAUUAACCACGGAUUCCCACUCGAUCUCAUGCAGAGGAUGAGAGAAGGGGUUCGUUCCUUUCACGAUCAAGAUCCACAAGUGAGGAAAACUUUCUACACCAGAGAUAUGAACAAAAGGGUUAAGUAUUUCAGUAAUCCUGAUCUCUUUAACUCUCCUGCUGCAAGUUGGAGAGAUACUUUUACUUGUUUUAUGUUCCCUGAUGUUCCAAACAAACAAGACUUACCUGAGAUUUGCGGGGAAGUUAUGUUGGAGUACUCCAAAGAAGUGAUGAAGUUUGCAGAGCUAGUCUUUGAGCUUCUAUCUGAAGCUUUAGGUUUGAAUCAUAACCACCUCAAAGAUAUUGGUUGCACAAAAGGUCUUUGUAUGAUUUGUCAUUGUUACCCACCUUGUCCUGAGCCUGACCGAACCCUCGGCGCCGCUCAGCACACCGACAGAACUUUCCUCACUAUUCUUCUCCAAGACCAUAUUGGAGGACUUCAAGUUCUUCAUGAUGGAUACUAUUUUGAUUCUCCCGUUAAUCCCGACGCUAUUAUUGUUAAUAUUGGUGAUCUCCUACAGCUUAUCACGAACGACAAGUUUAUAAGCGUGGAACACAGAGUUUUGGCAAAUGGGAGUAACCACCCCCGCAUUGCAGUCUCGUGUUUCUUUGUGCAUCCUCCAACAGAUGCAAGCGUUUAUGGACCCAUUAAAGAGCUUUUGUCCGAAGAUAACCCUCCCAAGUACAAAGAGACCCCCGCUGGAUUCUUCAACCACUUUGUCCCUAGACAACUUCAUUGUAAUAAUUCGUUGAGCCAUUUAAGGAUUUGAAACUCCAAAUCCUUCACGUUUCUAUUUGCUCCAAAUAAAAUGUAAUGCCCACAUGCACCGUGUUCAAUAAAAUUUGUAAGAGUACACAUACCGUAGUACUCAAAAUUUACAAGAGUAUGAAGUUUACCUAUUUUUAAUA